AUGAGUGUCCCACGCGCGAGGUUGUUGGACCUCAUGAGGGUCCAAUGCGAAGUCUUUGCAACAACAUUCAACCCGGAGGGAUUACGAACGGGAAACAAGAUCCUGCGCCAACGCCUGAAGGGACCAACUCUCGCAUCCUACUACCCGCGCAAGGUGCUCACCAUCAAAGACGUCCAGAGGGAAUUUGGCCCUGAACUCACGACUCCCGACGUGGAAGAGUUAGACCGGUUGGAGCAUAUUGCUGGUCUGAAGGCAAGAGGCAAGAGUGCGCCCAAGAAGCUGAAAUCGAAGCCUGAGCCGAAGAGGAAAUGA